UAAGCGCGUUAUUCUUAAACUAUCCAAACACAAAACACAACAUAACUACCUCGCCUUUAAUUCAACUAAGAAAACCACAACAACGAACAAUGCAUCAGAAGACAAUUGACAUGGCUGCCGCCGCUGCCAGAACACUAUGGCCAACUCAGUGGACUCGUGAAGACAACAAGCUUUUCGAGAAAGCUCUAAUUACUGUGCCGGAGAAUUCAUCUAACCGGUGGGAGGAAAUUGCUGAAAAAAUUCCCGGUAAGUCGGCAGCACAAGUGAAGGAUCACUACGAGGAUUUGGUCCAUGAUAUUUUGGAAAUUGAAUCGGGUCGGGUUGAACUUCCAAACUAUCCUGAUGACCUGGAUGUGAAUAGUGGCAGUAGAAUGUCUAGACAUGGUGAUAACGAGAAGCAGAAGAAGAGGAAAGGAAAACCAUGGACCGAAGAAGAACAUAAGUCGUUUCUUUCUGGGCUUAAGGAAUACAAAGAAGGGGAAUGGAAACUCAUUUCAAGAUACUAUGUUAAGACAAGAACACCAACACAAGUAGCAAGUCAUGCUCAAAAGUACUUUCUUCGCAAGAAUGAAGCGAAUAAACAUAAAGAGAGGAAAAGAUCAAGCAUUCAUGACAUUACAUUGGAAGAUAGUAACUCAGCUCCAACGCCUAUUGAUCGGAAUUGUGUUCUGCCUCCCAGUGUUGGUUCAUUGCACCAGUCUGAAGGAAUGUAUUAUUUUCCCUCCAACAGUAUGCAAGAUCAAAUGGGUUCACAAAUGCAUUAG